AUGUUCCCACCAGGAAAUGAACGCAACGUGAAGCUGUCGCGGCAAUUGCUAUUGUUUCUCAUCUCCAGUAUCUUUCAUUUCAACCACCUAUGGUGCGGGGCUGAGGCUGAAUCAAUAAAAUACAGUCAUGGACCAUUAGUGUCGUCACUAAAUGUACGAUCGCUAGAUUAUGGCACGCCGACGAAAGUAGCUGCUAGUUCAUCUGGAGUGUUUGACGAGGAUGCUACUAACGCUGACUUUGGAACAACCGCAAAGAAUGCGGCCUCAUCUACAGCCGCUGCCCUCGAGAGUCCGACAGACACCGGUGGUGAAAUAGUCGUGCCAAAAACUUUUCCAUUGAAUGCACAAGAACCAACGUGCGAACAGUUACGUGCGAUGUGGAUUUUUUCUAAGAGACAAUCUCGAGCCGCAGAAAUUACAAACGAAAUACCAACCUAUCGGGAUCCGUUUGCCUACAAUGUCUGGGACCCAUUUUAUUCAACUACCCGCAACAUGGGAGGAGGAGUACGUAUGUUGCCACGAUACAACGAUCGAUCUCGGUCACCAGUUUUCGGCCGAGUGAUUAGCAGAGAACCCAUUAUGCCCCCACGUGUAAAUAUCGGUCAUCAUCAGCGACAUUACGGUGUUGAUGGAAGUAACUUCGCUGGUUCCUCUUCCCGCAUCUACGGAGCUGAAACGAAAGGAACACCCUCUUAUCACGGUGCCGGUGGUAGCUCUCGUCGUCCGUUAAAAUAUCGUCACGUGGGUUCUAAUAAUGCAGCAACUAAUGCGGGUAAUAGUGGAAGCCCGAACUCUGUGAACGUUCAAGGAAGUUUCCAACGUUUGAAAGAACUGAUUUGGACGGAGCGCGCCAAGGAACUGACGCAACAGCGCAGGGCAGAAGAGCUGGCCGCACGUGCAGCCGUUCUUAAAGAGAUCACCAAUGGACAAAAUGUUCAAUCCUCUUAUAAACAUACUUCAAAAUCGGAAUCACCGUUAUUGGAUGAAAAUCGUAGCCCUGAUCGAGAUAUAUAUCAGCAUUUGAAUGAUGAUCGCAUGUCUAUUGCAACUGGCCAAGCCCGCUAUAUUGAUAAAAAUUACGGUAAAAAAAAAAAUUCGAAUACAUAUUUAAGCAGCAGUAGCAAUAAUGACACUAAUAAGCGUAAAAACGCAAAAACUAAUUAUAAAGGAAACGGUAGAAGAGACAACAGCAAGGAUGGAGUUAAAGAAGUUGGAUCUUAUGUAGCAACAGGAGGUGCAGGAACAUCAUCUAUGCGUAGCUCUAUGAUAACAAAUAAAAAUCGAAGCAUCGAAAAUAAUGAUAAACAAAGGUCUUUGUCAAUAGUGCCAAAUGGCAACAGUGGAUCCUCCGCAACAAUUGCGCAUAGCAGCAGUUACUUCGACGACGAUCAGAGUAUCGGUAUACCCAGAACAUAUCCAAUGCGCUCAUCACAUUUUCGUGAACGAAAUCGAGCUUUAAUUAGAGAGGAUAACCCAAUGGAAAGAAACUCAGAUAUUUCCUUCUCUCGAAAGAUUCGUACACAGUUACAAUCGGAGAUGUCCAACAAAAAAACUACGCUUUUUGAACGCCUCAUAAAGGACCUUAAUAUGCAUUAUUAUUCGCCAGGUAAUGCUUCAGAAUAUUUGCAGGAUCAUACAUUUUUCGAAGAUGGCACCGAAUCAGAAAAUAUAUCAGAGACGGAGGAUUUAUUCUCUGAUGAAGCUACCAAAGCAUUGCCAUCGAGCGUCUCUGCUGUAUACAAUAUUAAUGCGGGAAAAAGACUUGAUACUUUUGGGAUUAGUGAACAAUCUGCGACGAAAAUUCAAGGGUGGGAUAGACAGAACAACCCGGAAGUUACAAGUGAUGCCGUGGGCUUGUAUGACUACUUUUAUAUCUAUUAAUGAAACAAGAGUUAUGCAUUCAAUGAGUAACUAGCGCACAUCAUAAUACAUUAGGAACAUUAAAACUAAUCUCUGUACGGUAAAUGAAACCUAUUGCACAGCUCACUUGAGUAUAAAGGACAACAUGGUUACACCAAAAACAAUACCUACAUAGAUAUACAUAUAAGUAUAUUCUACAUUCAAUCACCAGGAAAAACAGCAGCUAAUCAUCGUUUAUAUUCGAGGAAGUAUACGGACCUGUGUGAUAUAUCAAAUUAACACUUUAAAAAGUAAAGAUAAUGCCAUAGCGCAAAGCCUACAAGGAUCCCUGGACUUUACCAUCACAUAUGCCUACACACGCACGUCAUUUCAGAGCUCAGAGCUAAUGUAUACUUACAUAUGACAGAACAAAGGUAAUAGAACUGAAUAUGUUCAAACAGUUUGCGGUAGCAACAACCAAUAUGGUAAGAAUGGGCCCGUCCUAUAACCGUUUCCAGAACGAACUAGAAUCCAAUAUGAUACCAUACAUAUACACAAAACUUUCAUACCUAUAUAUAUAUCUCAUUAUCAAUUAAACCAAAGAUACCACUCUUUUAUGAUUUGGAUAAUUGCAUAUCAAUACAAUCUUUUUCUAGCCACAGUAGGCAUAUCAGAGUCAACAUAAUUAUACAUAUAACCCUAUAAUGUUUGAUAAUUUUUUACUAGUAACUCAAUUUUUACAUUUGCUAAUUUUCGUUACAUGCACUAUAUAUAAUCAUAAUUACUACUAUAUAAUAUCCAUAUCAUAUUAACUUUAAUAAGUAACAACAAUACAUACAUGUGGCAAUUAUACAUUUACAUAAAUAAUUGUGGCGCAAAUAUAAAAAUGCAACAUUUGAUAAAUGUAUUGUUUAAUUAAAAUGAAAUUUGUUUUUUAGAAUUAUUGGCAAUAUAAUAAUUUAGAUGUAUUUUAUCUACGUACAUACAUACUUACAUAUUAUAUAUGUAGAUGCAGUUUUGCAUGAGAGUAUUCGAAAUAAUCACUUCACAAUUAUGUGGUUAAAUAUUAAUUAUUGAUUUCGUAUUUUUUCAUUGUUUCAUCAACGGUUCGGUGAUUAUCGCAUUGACAAUACUAGCAAUGACAAUGUUUAGACGCAAGAAUUAGAACACUAUUAAACAAAUAAAUAACUAAAAGUAUACAUAUAAUAUUAACAUUUAUAACCAAUUCAUUCAAUUUGAUUGUGAAAUGCGACAUGAGACAAUAAUUCAAUGUAAAUGAGAACAAUAAGAUAAUUCAGCUGUCAAUUCUAAAUUUAAAAGAUAAAGAAUAUAAGCAGAUAUGUAUAUAUACAAGAUAUUAUUAUAGAUACAUAUAUUAACUCCUAACGAAAAAUAUCUGGAGAGAAUUUCGAUAUCUUAUAAAUGUUUUAAAAUAUAUAACCAUUAUUAAUAAUUAUAUGUAUAUAUGUAAUCAUACAAUGAUGUACUCCAUGCAAUUAUUUUAAGAAUUAAGUUGGAUUAUAUAUGUACAUAGCCUUAGGAAAACAUUUGCCAUACAUUGCGUAUGCCUGUAAUUUUUCUAUAUAUUAUAUAAGCAGCUGUUGAAUGCAAAAGAUGUAAAAAAGCACUGCUAAUCAGAACCUUUUUAGGGUAACGGCUAACCACACUUUCACGAAAGUAUCAGCGGACUUGACUAUGAAAGUCCUUAUCAUGCACCCACGGGUAUAAGAACACAUAAGCAGAAACGAAAGAAGCAAGACAAAAUCCUGCAAUGUUAUUGUCGUAAAAGCUGGUGCUAUCAACUUGUAUAAAUUGGACAGUGGAAGAAAAUUACUUUAUUUCGGUGACCACACUUUUUCGGCGUGUUGAUUGUGCGCCGUCAAAGGAAAAAAGGAAAUAAUGUCGGCUUCAUUUCAUAUUUAUACUAUUUUCUCACUACAAUGAAGCGUAAACAAAUGCCAGCAAUUGAGAAAAAUUUAAGUCAGAACAUCUAUUUCCCUUUGCAAUUGGAAAUGGUUGCCUCUCUUCUCACAUGAUCUAGUUGUCUUUACUUAAAAAUGUCUUUGCCACCACCUUUCGAUACCAGGAAUCAUUAGCUACACCGUUUUUCUGCUCGCUUUUUUUGCGCGUUCCUUUCUUGUCAAAAAAAAUUACAUGUAAAAGCAGCAAAAAUGCUAACGAGUUGAAUUUGUCAAGAGAGUAUAUGAAACCUCAUUAAAAUGGUAUAACCGCUAUCUUCAAUGGUACCAAAUUUUGCUUUGCAUAUUUUUUUGCGCAGGUUUACCAUUGCGAGUUCCUCAAAUUACAAAUUAUUUUCAAAUAUAGUAAUACAAGUAUAUAUAGUUUUUUUUGUGUUUUGAAACUUAACCCUAAAUAAUAACCAAUAAUUGUUCAUAGAAAACCAAUCGGUACGAACCGGUAUAUAACCGGUUGUUGUGAAAAUUGUCCAGAAGCACCUCUUGUAUAGCGGUUGCAAACGUGCACAUGAUGCAUCCAUCAGCCAAGCCCUAGAAUUUGGUCUGCUGUUUAUGGACAUUUUCUUGGUAGACUUUCGACACCCAAGAUACCGCUCCAUAAGUAACAGUGGUUAAACAACCGUGUACAUCCAGGCCAAGCGAUUUUACACCAUCUGUGCUUUGGUAGAUGUUCAUGUGGGUGUAUUUACCGCCUAAGCUUAGAAUCUUCUACCUACAUACACAGACUGACUCUCGAAUGCUAUAAAAAGAGCAAUCACACCGUAAUUUGCAUUUAACUUGCCAUGCUUGCUACUUUUUUAUACUCUUGCAAGCAGUUGCUACAGAGCAUUAUAAUUUUGUUCACCUAACGCUUAUACGUAUCACCUAAACCUAAGCGAGAUAGAUAUAGGGCUAUAUAUAAAUGAUCAGGAUGGCGAGAAAAGUUGAAAUCCGGUUAACUGUCUGUCUGUCCGUCCGUCCGUCCGUGCAAGCUGUAACUUGAGUAAAAAUUGAGAUAUCUUGAUGAAACUAAGUAUAAGGGUUCCUUAGUACAAAAAAAUUACGAGUUCGAGGAUAGGUGUAAUCGGACCACUGCCACACCUACAAAUCGAUCAUUAACCGAAAACAUAAAAAGUGCCAUAACUAAGCACUCAAUUAAGAUAUAAAACUCGAAUUUCAUUCAGGGGAUCGCAGUAGCAAGGGGCACUUGUGGUCCAAAAUUUUUGAAAAAAUGGUUGUAGCCCCGCCCUCGAACAACCUUAAUAUACUAUACAUAUAUCCUAAACCACUUAAGCUACAAAUACCAAAUUGGCUGGGUAUAAAUCUUAUAAGAAUUUUACCGACUAUAUGAAAUGGAUGAAAUCGGAGGAUAACCCUGCUCACUCCUCAUAUAACGGUACUCAAAGCGCAAUAAAUCAAUAACUAAAAACGCCAGAGACAUUAAAGUUUACCAGAGAUGGUAGUAUAAGAGAGCUUUAUUGAAGCCGAUGUAAAAAUUGGACGAUGGGCUUGGCACCGUCCACUUUUUGGUGAAAUCCCAUAUCUCGGGACCCGACCAAACGAUUUCUACAAAAUUUAGUAUAUGGCAUUAUUUUUACAUUUUUAUGCCACAUUGUGAAAGUUUACGAAAUCGGACGACAACCACGCCUACUUCCUAUACAGCACAAUUUUAAAUUCUACUUGAUUCCUUCAGUUUCCAGUACAAAACCAAGAAGCAAUUAAUAUAACGAGAUAAAACUUUACAAGACUAAUGUCUUUAGUGUGUGCCACUUUAUUACCAAAAAUUUUUUGAAUUCAAUGAAAACUGUUCAAGCCCCUAGGUAACGACUAUUUAGACCACGAUAACUAUAGUUGAUUUUUGAUCGAAAAUGUAGGGCAAUGAGUGAUAUCUAUAAUUCAAAUUAAAGGAUAAUUUUUCUUUUAUAAAGGUUUGUCUGUAUGUCAAAUAUGGGUUGAAUCGGACCAAUACUUUCCUUAGCCCCCUAAUACUCAAUAUAAAAAUUUUCGAACUUCUAUCUGCUUUUAUGGAUCUAUCAGCCAAAAUGUGAGUUAUCCCAAUGAAAAUAAGACAGUUUUUUUUACUCACAACAGUGCUUCUUUGUGCCUAAAAUAGAUAAAUUUCAGCGAUUUGACCUAAGCCCCAUAUAACUUAUAUCAGGAUUUUCGAACAUCCGGCUGACUCUACCCUACAUUAUUGGUUUUGCGCCUUAAAGUAUUUCCCUGGCUUUGAUUCUUGCAAGUUGCAAGAGUAUAAAAUGUUCGGUUGCACCCGAACUUAGCUCUUCCUUACUUGUUUUAAAUUUCUGUCAUACUUUUAAUGGGUUUAUUGGUUUAGGCCUGAUCUCGAUUAAAAGUAUAUACAUAUGUGACUAGUAUCAAGACAUUUGAAAAUAUAGUUAUGUAUUAUUUAGAUGUCAUUUGUAAACCAAUAAGCAAAUAAUUUUAAAAUAACCGUCGGCGGCUGGUCCCUCACAAUUGGUGGGCAUAUUUUGUAUUAGCCGCUGCCGGUUUAUUCGCGCAAUUAAAAUAUAUUUGAACUACUUAAAAUUUAAUUAUUAUGGAAAAUUGAGGUUUACCAAUUAAUGAGUUAGCUUUGAGUAUGGUUUCAAAACAUGUAAAAACUUAUGGUGAAUGACCUCAAAUUCUGAACUCUAUUUGUUUAAGUAUAAAUCCAUAAAUAGUUUAUAAACAUAAUAUUAGAGGUGUUAAUACUUAUUACCAAAUUAUAAAUUAUUACCUUUAAACUUAUUUUAGAAAUUUCUUAUUUCUUUCAUAACUAAAUACCAUCUUUCAACUAUUUCAGUCGAAGUUUCAUUGUUGUUUUCAACCCAGAAAAUGGAGAUUUCACAGAUAAUUAAACGUUAUUAUUUUCUAUGGCUCACGAAUAGGUGAAUAAUUAUUUAAAUGGACAUUAAUUUUUUAAACACUAAUCAAGAGAAGUUAAAAGCCUCAAAUAUUUUAUGUUACUCAAAAAGUAUAUGUAUAUUCUUAGGAAUUGUGUACUCUUAUGAGCGAAACAUUUUAUACGGUCGCUAAUUUUAUUUUUACUACUUCCAAAUUCUGGCUCGCCUGGUCCAGCUUCGUGAUUUUUCUCCUCGAGCUCAUCCAAAUUUUCACUUUGUUUGUUCUAUGUAAUUGUAAAAAAUAACUUUUUAAAAUAUAUUAGAAUUAUAUAUAAAAUAGUUUAUUUGCCCAUUUGCCAUUUUCCAUAAAUAUUUGUUUUAAAUAAUCGCAGUCAUGUUCACCUACAACUGCGUGGUAGCGGUUAUAAUUUAUUGAUAUUCUAGUCAAUCCACAGAGCUGAAAGCCGCAAUACCACAAAAAAAUUUUUGUUUGACAACACUUCAAGCCAAAUUUUUUUUGACCGUUUUGAUCGUUGAUACCGAAUUUCGAAACUGUAACCGAAAUGCAGAUGAGUUGUACACCGUAAUUGGGUCUUUACCUCUUUUUCAUUUGUGUGUUUUCUGAAAUGUUUGGGGCACUCGUAAUAUAGCCAUUUGUUUACAUAUAAACAAUUAUAAAGGGGAUGUAAUUAAAUGACUUUCUAGUAAAUUUCAGUUAUUAUUAAUUAUUUUUCAUAUUUUUCAAUCAGUAUUAGGCUACUAAAUUUAAUACAAAUUUAGAAACCUAUAUAUAUCCAUAUCAAAGUUAUAUAUCGUGUAUACAUAUGUAUACAUAUGCAGUAUGUACACAAAGGCAGCUAAUGAACGUAUACACAAUACUAACUAGUCUUUAUUAAUUAUUGCUAAAUACGUACAAUGAAAUAAUAUAUGUAUGUAUACAUAUGCGAAAAUGCUUAAAACGCUAUUAUAUCAUAAAUAACAGAUCUAGACGCAUAACAUAAGAUGCAUGAGAAUUUAUUGCCGAUUAUUUCAACGGUACCGCUAUGGAAAUAUCUACAAGAAACUACUUCUGCACUUAUGAUCAAACAUAAUUUGUGCUCACAAUUUCCUACGUGAAUACAUAUGUACAUAAUUAUAUGACAUGCUAGACAAAAUACGCUGUUUGUACAAAAGGACUAUUGAAAAUAAUAGGUUGUGCUUCAUGUAUAUUUCUACUUAUAAAAAAUACUAUUAUACAAUGUAAUUGAAAAAAUCAAAGUUGUAUUAAGUAUUUUCCAUGGAAAAAUAUAAAAAAUAAGCAAAUAAUGUUUGUAUGGUUUCACAACAGUAAUUGGUUUAUGCAACAUUCGUAUAUAUUCUCAUUUUGCAACAGGUCAUAUUGCAGCAAUUUAAAAGUGGGAAACCCGUACAGUCAUUUAUGCUUUUUGAGCCUCAAGGACAUUUGUAUAUUUAUUUCCACGACUGUUAUUGCGAAAAGAUUUUGUUUUACAUGCCUGAGUACGAUUAAUUGACAAUACUCAAGGCGAAAGCCAGGUUUAAUUAUUAUUUUUAUUUAUUUAACGAAUUAUAUAUGCUUAAAUUAUUAACAACAUUGUUAUAAAUAUGAAAGUAAUCUUAAUUUGGACUCAAGUUAUUAUUUUUUCUAACUCUACAGUUACAUGUCUAAAUAACUGCUGUUAAAUUAAUCAAGCAACUAACAGAGUGAACACCUUUUUGAUUUGAUUGCCAACAAUUUCUUUUUAAAAUGCCGAGUACCGGUCUCAUAACGACAAAAUUUUAACUAUAACGGUCUUUUACUCCCUACUAAAUUUAAUGAAAAAAAAUAAAAAUGUUGAAUUCGGGUUUUAAUGGACCUCCUUUGUUGAAUUGGCAACUUUCGGACCUCAAAUUACAUAAAAUGAUAUAAUGGGCAACUUAAGAGCAAACGUAUAUUAAAGUGCUAGUUAAUUAUAUAUGUAUAUAUCUGAGUGGAAUUUCUGUGUUUUGGUCCAAAGAGAUGAAAAAGAUGAUUCAAGCAAUUUUAUAAAUUUGGUUAUAUGCAUGAAUGAGCGUACUCUUAGUCCGAGACAAACGACUUACGACACUAAUUUUCUUUUUAAUAUUAAUUUGCAAACGAAGCUUAAAGUACUAAAAGAAAAGAAAUAAAUGAUAUAAUUGAAAUAAUCAGAAUUAAUAUUGUAUUUACUACUUACCUAUAAAAACUCAAAAUUAUAGCUAAUAAGGAUUUGUUGAAUGUUAAUGUAGAAAAAAUAUUAAUAUAAAUGCGAACAUACAAAAGGUGCAACUUUAAAUAGGAUGUGACAAACAUAGUUUUAAGGAGGCCUAAAACGAAGAACAUUUACAUUUCAAACAUUAUAAAAUGCGAUAGACAAUAAUACAUGAUAAUGACAAUAGAUGCUGAAAUUGAGAAUUCAGUCAUAAAUGAAUAUGGCAAGUUGCAUAGUAAUUGGCAUUUAAGUAUACAAAUAUACAUUGUUAUUCAGAAACACACUCACACCAUAAACAGGCGAGCAAAUAAAUAACUGUAAAACAAAAAAAAAAAUAAAUAAAUAAAUAAAUCAAAAGUCUCUAAAAAUCUCUCAAUAAAAACUUCUAUAUUGUGCCGUUUA